AUUCCCCAAAAUUGGGUAUAUUUAUAAGAGAUUUGAGCUGCAGAUUUUCAUCUCCAAUAGCCGCAUUUGUGGAAGACAAAACUUCAAAGGCGUGUGCACCACAGUUGAAUUUUACCGAUUUGAUAGUCAAAGCUAGAUGAUGGCGGCUUCCACAUGUGGUGGAUCAUUGUCUCAACAUUCUGUUCUCAAUUAUCUACGCUUCAUUAUCCAAAAAAGAUAUUGAAUUUUUUGAGAUUCAAUGUCGAGGAACUAUGAUAACUGGGAGAAGUUGGUCGCAGCUGUUCUAAAGAGAGAAGAUUUCCGGCGGCUUGCACUCUGUGACAGCUUCAGCACCUCAAAUUCAACUGAUUUCAGCGCACGUCCCAGCUUUGAUUCCGAUGUUCCUCACGAUUAUAGAUAUUCUAACGAGAGGCUCGAUCCGGGAGAUAUUUCUAGUCAGGAAACUUUCGUCUUCCGUAAUGUGAAGGUCAUAGAGUAUGGGGAGAUAAAAAAAGCUACCAAAAACUUUCACCCAGGCAUGCUGUGGGGAAAAGGGGCAGAGGCAUUCGGCUGUGUUUAUAAAGGAUGGAUCCAUGAACACAAUCUUACUGCAGCGAAGCCUGGAAGUGGGAUUACUGUUGCUAUCAAGAAGUUGAAUCGUGGAGGUUAUCAAGGAAAUAAGCAGUUGGCAGAUGAAAUACAUUAUUUGAGUCAACUCCGUCACCCGAAUUUGAUCAAACUUGUUGGAUAUAGCUGCAACGCAGACAACAGGAUUUUGGUAUAUGAGUUCAUGCGCAAAGGAAGCUUGGACAACCAUUUGUUCGCAAGAGGGCAUAACUUCCUUAAUUGGGCAACAAGAGUCAAAGUGGCUAUAGGUGCUGCAAGAGCUAUUGCCUUCUUGCAUGACUUGGAAAUACCGGUCAUACAUCGAAAUAUUAAGAGUAGUAACAUUCUUUUAGAUGGUGACUUUAACACCAAGUUGUCAGGCUUUGGUCUUGCAAGAGAUGGUCUCUGGAGUCAUGUAUCAAUUAAAGUUAUGGGUACAUAUGAAUAUGCUGCUCCGGAGUACGUGGAAACAGGUGAGUUGACUAUGGGAUCUGAUGUGUAUGGUUUUGGAGCAGUUUUGCUAGAAAUAAUGUCAGGGCGUCGAAUUAUUGACUCCAAACAGCCUGCGGGAGAGCAUAAUCUGAUUGAUUUUGCAAAACCUUAUUUGAAUGACCAAAAAAGACUGGCGCGAAUUGUGGAUAGCAAAUUAGAGGGUAAAUACCCUCCCGAAGAUGCAUAUGAAGUUGCCAAGAUAUGUCUGCAAUGUCUGAGUAUAGAUGAAGGAUUAAGACCAAAAAUGUCUGAGGUUUUAGGUGUGCUUGAAUCACUGUAAUAUGUAUCUAUAAACAUAUGAAUACUAUGUAUCUUACUUUGUUUUAUCUAAGUCUAUUCCUCUGAAUAUGGAAUGGUCUUAGCAGAUGAAAAUGUUGACUGAUGAAAAACGGAAUUAUAUACUA